AUGUCGCCACCAGGCCUGCAGACAGGCUCAGCAAUGUCGACAGACACCACGAAACAAACCUUCCUAGAAACCAACCACAUCGUCCGCGAACUGGCAUCGGGAAUGUUCGGCACAGUCUACAUUUCCAUCCCCAAAGCCAUCACGGAAAACAUACUAUCAAACGCCACCACCACCACAUCACUGUACUCAAAUCUCCGCCAAAACCUCCAAGUGGUCAAGAUUUCAAAGUCGGUCGACAUGACCCGCGAAAUCUCCCUCCUCAAAGCCUUCAAGGUAAAAACCCCAUCCUCCUCAGCAUUCACCCUCCCUAACUUACUCGCUUCAGAUCCCUCCCAACCACCCCUCUGGCUAACCCUCACCUACCUAAACGGCGGAACGCUGCACGAUCUGCUUGACCACUGCUACCAAAACCCAACCCUCCGCAUCCCAACCUCGCUCCUCUGGCACUGGAUUUCCCAAAUAGCCCAGACCCUCUUAUUCCUGCAUCUCGGCCUCACAAUCAUCAUGGCCGAAGACGACGCGAAAACCCCUCCCCGCCUCGUGUCCGACGACUCCUGGACCCCAACAAUCCACAACGACAUCCACUACGAAAACCUAAUCUUCAACCUCCCCUUACCCAACAACGCGAAUUCAUACCCCGAUCUAAUCCUCUCGGACUUCGGCAACUCAAAAAAACAUUCCACAGACCCAUCGCCCGGCCUCGCGAUCCCCUGGAAAACCCACAAAGAGAAACAAAUCGGUGAUAUUUUAUGCGAGCUCGAACAGUUGGCCAACAAAGUCGAGGACAAAGAUGAAGUUUUGGGGGAGUUGUUUGAUCAGACCCCGAAGUUUCGUGAUGAUGAUGAUGAUGAUGCUGAAUUGGAGUUUUUUGAGAAGAUGAUUGGGACUGCGGAGAGGAGGAAGAAGGAGUUGUGGAAGGAACUACCCGACGGAUUGAAGGAGUAUUUUGAAGGGAAGGGGGUUGGGGAUGAGGAGUUGCAGAAGUUUGUGGAAGAGGUGAGGGGGGAGAAGGGUGCGAGGAGUAAGGCUUCUCCUUCUUCUUCUUCUUCUUCUGAGGUUCAAGAUGGAAAGACUGCGGGUUGCGGUUGUGUGGCCUUGUAG